AUGGCUCGACAGGCUUGGGUAUCGCAGAUUCGCAACGCCAAAACUCCCGCCGAGCAAAUAUCCAUCCUACGAAACCUAAAGAACGAAAUCAUCGGCCAUCCCCUGAAGAAAGAAUUAGUUGUAAGCCUGGGAACACUCGAUCCGGUUGUACGUCUAGCAUCAAACAAGCUCGCUGCUAGGCAAGACGGCAAAUCCCACCAUCACAGCUUUGCAUAUAAGCCUCUGCUGGAGGAGGAGACGGUACGACUACAGGGCCUGCAAGUCAUAGCCAGCAUUGCUUUAGGAGGGCCCGCCUUUCUUCCCUUUCUACAAUCCGCUUCUGCCUUGCCAGCCAUUCUUUCUAAUCUCUGUCCAUCGAACAACCCCGCGCAAAUAGUCCUGGCAUCUCUUCGGGCUCUUUCAAAUCUGGCUGAUUCGUCCUCUCUGACUUCUGGCACAACAGCAGUGGGCAUAGGUGCUAUUGCCGAAGGGCUGUUCGCCCACCAAUAUCUUACUUCUCUGUGUCGUAUCUUAUCCCAGACCUCGACUACCUCGAUUGUCCAAUGUCAGAUAUCGAUUGCAGCAUCUUUAAUUGGGAGGUUAUGUCGGGAAGAGCGCCACCAACAAGGAUUGGCAAGCUCGGGCGUACUCGAUGCUCUUGCAACGAAACUGGCAAGCUUCGUAUUAGCUGAAGGUCUGGUCAUACCCGGUGCUGAGACUCUAGCUCAACGGGAUGGCCUCCAGGAGUUUUUUCCAACCACUACCCCUCCAAAUGCAAGCCUUUCGGUGGUAUUGGAGGCGAUUUCAGUUGUUAUUGCCAAUUCCAAAUUUCGGGCGUCACAGCUCUUAUACUCCCCAAGUAUUCUAGCCGUGUUUCCCCCCACUCCAGCUGAGGAAUUUGUAGCUACUCAGAAUGCACGCGCUGCUUGGAAUGCUUUCAACAUAGCCGGUCUAAGUGCCCGGCAAAGUCACUUGAACGCUAUCGACUACCUACUGCCAUCCAUGCCUCUCCACCAAUCGAAGAGUACCAGCUCUCAAACAUCUGCAUUCCCUCCGCUGGGCACUUCCGGUUCUAGAGAGCAACUAGCGCCAAAUGACCGCUCUGGUCCAAAUAAAUACAAUAGCGCCUCCCUUCCAUGCUGGGGUGAUUCAUCUAAUCUUGAUUCUGGACCAGUAUCUCCAGACACGCCUGUAUGUAGCCCGGAGGAACCGGAGAGUCCUUUGAUCGCGUACCUCAUAUUAACUCUUCGAACACGAAGUGGCAAGGAGAGACUAAUGGCUGCCUCGGUCCUGACAGUGCUCUAUAGAGCUGGGUUAACCAAGAAGGCCAGGGAAACUACCAUCGGCCUGCUAGUAGUGCCCAUUCUAGUCCAGAUGUUAGACGAGAUCGCUACUCCAGUCAAGUCGAAGAACAACCUUGCAGAUGAUGAAGCAGUACGCGUUCAGUGGGCAAUCAAAGAACGCGCACCUGCAAUACUUGCAUUGCUUAUCACAGAUAGUGAAUACCUUCAAAAAGCUGCGUUUGAUGCUGGUGUGGUGAGCAAGCUCUCGAAAAUGUUGAAGGUUUCCUACGAUCCAGUCACUGAGACGUCGAAAUCCCGUUCCUGGUCGCCAAAUUGCAAGCAAGCCGGCAAAGUGGGAGAAGGUUUCGAACCUCACAAUUUCACCCACCCGGGCCCGACGCCACAAUUAGUUCAUAAAGUCACGGUCAGGGAGAGUUCUUUGAAAGCCCUUGCCGCACUUGUUCCUUUCAAGGACGAGUAUCGGAAGGCGAUCGUGGAUCAAGGCAUGAUACCUUAUAUCGUUGAAUCUAUGAACUCCAAUCCUAGUAAGCCGUCAUCCAAUAUCAGCGACCCGGCAGAAAGAGUCAUCAACAACUCGAACGCAACUAGGAUUGGGCAAGGAUACGGAGUGAACUCAAUUGAUGUUUUGAUCGCUGCAUGCGGCGCUAUCCGAGCUCUUUCACGUUCGGUCGGUAUUCUCAGAACAACUCUGAUCGACAACGGCGUUGCUAUGCCUGUAUUUCGACUUCUUCAGCACCCUGACAUCGAGGUCCAAAUUGCAGCUACCGCAACUGUUUGCAACCUAGUGACCGAUGUCAGCCCCAUGCGUGAGGCCAUCGCUGAAGCAGGUGUUCUGAAGAUACUUUGCGAGCAUGCGCAUUCCAUGAAUGCAAAACUAAGGCUCAACGCCGUAUGGGCCCUGAAGCACUUUGUGCAAUCUGUCGGCAAUGACUUGAAAAGAUUGUGUCUCGAGGAACUUGGCCAGGGUUGGCUAGUCCAACUUAUUUGUGACGAUACCGAAGAUGAGGCCCUUUCCUCGUCAAGAGGGAAUGACGAAGGUGGCCCAACGUCGGAAUCGCAUGAUGAAUUGGAUGAGGAUGUUGAUAUGGACCAGUUCGAAGAUCAUCUGGACUCUGCUUUCGCUGAAUCACUGGGCCGGCCCAGCAGUUCGCGCCCGAGUAGUGGGCGUAGCAAGUCGAUCCUACAAGCCGAGCUUCGACUUGCGGCAUUGAAGGACGCAGAAACAAACCCCGCAAGGAAGGCCAGGAAAGAUGACAUAGCCGUACAGGAACAGGGCCUCGACUUCAUUCGCAAUCUUAUAGGGGGUGCUGGUCACGGCAGUACCUCCGAGACCACAGAGAUGAUUGAUUUUCUGUUUAGCGCGUUAGGACAGGACCGGGUGUUCGACAUUCUGGCAUCCAAGCUACGACCCAAAUUUGCCAACCCGUUCAAUCGACGAAACACGUCGUCACCCAACUCCCAAAUCAUCCCCCCGCAAUCCGAGAUCAUCACCGCUGUUGGUUACAUCCUUGUACAUAUGGCUGCAAGCAUUCCUCGUCACCGUCAACUUGUUAUUGCGCAAACAGAAUUAUUAAAACUCCUAGUACCACAAUUUAACAACCCUACCGUUGAGGUUCGCCACACUUUAUGCUGGUUGGUCACCAACCUCACGUGGGUAGAUCAUACAAAUGAUACACAGGCUUGUGUACAGCGAGCGAACGAAUUGAAGAAGCUUGGGUUCCUUGCGAAGCUAGAGAUGCUUGAACAAGACCCGGAAUUGAAUGUGAGAGAGAGGGCAAAAUCGGCGGUGUGGCAAAUGAAGCAAACUUAA